GAUGUGGAGGAGCAGACACAAGCAAAGAAAAGCAAGACGUCGAAACAAAAGGAGAAAGUCGUGACAGAAAAACCGAUACAAGAGGUGGAGGAAGACACUGUUAAAAAGAAGAGGUGUAAAAAAGGAAAAAGGGAAGAACUGGAAGAGGGUGAUGAGGAGAAAGAAAAGUUGGGAAAGAAGAAAAAGAAGAAAAAAGAAGCUGAAUCGUGAACAAGACUCCAGUGAGGAAGAUGGAAGGGAAGAUGAAGAGAAAGAGGAGGAGUUGAGGCCAGAGUGUCUGACACCGGAGGAGCUGGAGGAGCUAAAAGAAGCCGUGGAGGAGAGGAAGAAACUGAUCCAAGGUCUCAGGGGGAAACCUUGGCCCAUGAAGAAGAAGCUACUGACGCUACGCGAGUCGCAGCAGUUCGUGGAGAAGUAUGAGGGAGCUUUGGGGAAAGGCAAGGGCAGGAAGCUCUACGCCUACAAGGUCAUGAUGACCAAGAAAUGGAUGAAGUUCCAACGGGACUUUGAAAACUUCAAGACGGCGUGUAUUCCCUGGGAGAUGAAAAUUAAAGAGAUUGAAAGUCAUUUCGGCUCAUCGGUUGCCUCUUACUUCAUCUUCCUGCGCUGGAUGUACGGCAUCAACAUGAUCCUGUUUGGUCUCAGCUUCGGCCUGGUCAUGGUCCCAGAGGCUUUAAUGGGACGACCUUAUGGCAGCAUUCCAAGAAAAACUGUUCCAAGGUCGGAGGAAGGAAGUGCCAUGGAUUUCGCUGUGUUGUGGGACUUUGGGGGUUAUGCGCAGUACUCUGUUCUCUUCUAUGGUUUCUACAACAACCAGCGUACCAUCGGGUGGCUCAAGUUCCGGAUGCCUCUGUCUUACUUCCUGGUGGGUGUGGGCACAGUGGCCUACAGCUACAUGGUCGUCAUUAGAACGAUGGCUCGUAAUGCCAACGAGUCUGGAGUGGGAGAUGACAACAGCUUCAACUUCAGCUGGAAAAUGUUCACCAGUUGGGAUUACCUGAUCGGAAACACAGAGACGGCGGACAACAAGUUUGCGUCCAUCACCACCAGCUUCAAGGAAGCGAUCCUGGAGGAGCAGGAGAGCAGGAAGGACGACAACAUUCACCUGACCCGUUUCCUAAGGGUGCUGGCCAACUUCCUGGUUCUGUGCUGCCUGGCAGGAAGUGGCUAUCUCAUUUAUUUUGUGGUGCGGCGCUCGCAGAAGUUCGCUCUGGAUGGGCUGGAAAAUCACUCCUGGUGGGAGAGGAACGAGGUGAACAUGGUGAUGUCAUUACUGGGCAUGUUUUGUCCGAUGCUGUUCGACGUCAUCAGCACUCUGGAGAACUACCAUCCGCGAGUCGCCCUGCAGUGGCAGCUGGGUCGCAUCUUCGCCCUCUUCUUAGGAAACCUCUACACCUUUAUCAUCGCACUCAUGGAUGAGAUCAACGUCAAGAGGGAGGAGGAGAAGAUCAUUAAGUAUAAUAUCACAAUGUGGGAAGCCAGUCUAUUCAACGGGACAUAUUUGGAAAACAGCACGGCGUCACCCUCCGCCAUCCACCCUGCUGAUGUACCCAGAGGACCCUGCUGGGAGACCAUGGUGGGACAGGAGUUUGUUCGUCUCAUCAUUUCCGACACCAUGACAACCUACAUCACGCUGCUGAUCGGUGAUUUCCUGAGAGCUGUACUUGUCCGUUUCCUCAACUACUGCUGGUGCUGGGACCUGGAGGCCGGAUUUCCGUCGUACUCAGAGUUUGAUGUCAGCGGGAACGUUCUGGGCCUGAUCUUCAAUCAAGGGAUGAUAUGGAUGGGGGCUUUCUAUGCCCCGUGUUUGCCGGCGCUGAACGUCUUGAGGCUCCACGUGUCCAUGUACCUGCAGUGCUGGGCUGUGAUGUGCUGCAACGUGCCACAGGAGAGAGUCUUCAAGGCUUCAGGCUCCAAUAAUUUCUACAUGGCAAUGUUGCUGGUCAUCCUCUUUCUGUCCACCCUCCCGGCCAUCUAUACCAUCGUGACAAUCCCUCCGUCUUUUGACUGCGGACCCUUCAGCGGCAAGAAUCGUAUGUUUGAUGUGAUCCAGGAGACGUUGGAAUCUGACUUCCCCGCCUGGUUCAGUAAAGUGUUCAGCUACGCCUCCAACCCUGGACUGGUGCUGCCCUUCAUGCUGCUGAUGGUGCUGGCCAUUUAUUACCUGCAGUCCACGUCCAAAAGCUACAAGGAAGCUAAUGUGGAGCUGAAGAAGAAGCUACAAACACAAAAUGAAGAGAACAAAAAGAAGAACAAGCGAGCGGCACUGAAGGCCGCCAUGGAGUUAGAAGAGGCUCGGAAAGCCGCGUCACAACAUUUAAACGAAACUAAAUCAUUUCUUCAAGAAGACGAUGAAGUGACCCACAGAGGGGUCCAGAGGCUGAACCGCAGUAAGAACAGGCCUCCUCAUCCUGCUGAAGACCCGGAGAAAGUCUCCAGGAGGAAUCCGCACGUGACACCCGCCUGCCUCCCUGGCUACCCGGGACACAGUGGAGCAAAAGGGUGCAGGGAUCCCGGCCUACAGAGACAGUGAAACACUUGAUGGAGACCCGGGAGGAAACGCACUUUACUGCGCUGUUAAAGUUUUACCUUAUGUUUUUAUGAGUGUGCAGUCACGACAAGUAGAGAAAAUAAAGUGUAUCCAAUUGUA